AUGGAGGCUAACAAUAGCAAUAAAGUUGCACCCGAAGCACUAAUCUCAAAAUUUGAGGUUACUAAGCUCCUCAAACAAGACCAGAAUGGCCGCCGCAUCGUUCUCCUGGGAUCUAUAGACGGCCAACAAGGUAUUCUCACUGCUGAACGAACUGCAUUCGCAACCGAGUCCCUCGCCGUCCUAAAGGCCUUCCACUCGUCAAUCACACGCGUAAACAACCUUGGCGAUAACGACAUCUACCGAUGGUACCUAGCGUCCUCGGGCAUAGAUGCCGACGGGCACCCAUCGCACGAUCUUAAGCUCAACGUUAUCUGGCCGUGCACGGAACAACACAUUAAGAAGUACUCGGAUCAGGUUCUGCGCAUGGUAAACGAGACGCCGGAGAUCUACCGGGAUUAUGUACGGCCUUACAUGCAGGCGAAGAGAGAGGAGGGACGACUGAACUGGGUGUUCAAUAUCCUUGAGGGACGCACCGAACAGGAGGAUGUUCUGCUGCGAGAUGACGGACAUGGAGCCGAGAAUGCGUUCUUGGUGCUGCCUGACUUGAACUGGGAUAGAAAGACGCUCGGCUCGCUACAUCUAUUGGCGCUGGUGCAACGGCGCGAUAUCUGGAGUUUGAGGGAUCUGAAGAAGAAGCACGUGCCUUGGUUGAAGUAUUUGAGGAAGAGGGUGCUCGAGGGCACCGUAAAGAUGUAUCCGGGCCUUGAGGAGGAUCAACUGAAACUUUAUGUGCAUUAUCAACCGACCUACUAUCAUUUCCACAUCCACGUUGUCAAUGUCAUGCUUGAGGCUGGCGCGACACAGGCUACCGGGAAGGCAUUUGGACUCGAGAAUCUCAUUUCCCAGCUUGAGACUCUCUCUGGAGACGAAGAGGCGAGCAUGGCAGACGUCAGCUUGGCCUACUAUUUGGGCGAGGCGAGCGAGCUGUGGACGGAUAUCUAUGCGCCUUUGAAGCGCGGCGAGAAAACUGCUGGGAAAUAA